AUGUUUCGACUUUUCGUGACGGUCGCCGCACUCGUGCUGAUCAACGCGGAAUUGCAUAGAAUUUCGUUAUAUAAGACAAGCUCUAUUGAAAAAUCAGUUAGCAUUGAUCGUCGACAGGAUCGUUUAACUAGAAGUACUAUCGUUCUAAGGGAAUCUCUAUUUAAUGAUUACAAUACUUCUUACUACGUCUAUAUCACAAUCGGAACCCCACCGCAGAUAUUUAAAGUACUUAUCGACACUGGUUCCUCGGAUUUAUGGGUACCUUCUUCAAACUGUGAUUUACAUAACGUUGCUUGCUGGACACAUAAUAGAUAUGAGUUUGAAAAAUCUAGCACAUAUGUGGAAAAUGAUACUUCAUUCAAUAUUCCAUAUAGUAGUGGUGAAGUGUCCGGAUAUUUAUCUAUAGAUGUAGUGAAUUUUGGUAGCCUUAACAUCCAAAAUCAAACAUUUGGGGAAGCAAUAGACCAAUCAGGAACAGCAUUUGUCUAUUCGAAAUUUGACGGUAUCUUGGGAAUGGGAUAUCCCGAAGGAGUAGUUGCCAAAGGAAUGACUCCUAUAUUUAAUAACAUGAUUAAACAAGGCUUGGUGGAGCCACUUUUUAGUAUUUAUGUAAAUCGAAGUGCCGCAUCCGAAUUGGCUGGUGAACUAAUAUUGGGUGGUUCCAACCCCAAUUAUUAUUUAGGCGAGCUUACAUAUGUUGAUGUUACCAAAAAAGUAGGCUGGCAAUUUACGAUAGAUAAGAUUAAAAUAGGACAUAGCAUUUUAUGUUCGGAAGGCUGUGAAGCCUUAAUCGACACGGGUACUACCCUGCUAAUUGGACCAUCAGUGGAUAUUAAUUCUAUUAAUGAACUGAUCGGAGCUACUUACAUUGAGGAAGAAAUAAUUGUGGAUUGCAAUAAGAUUCCUUCUUUGCCCAAUAUCAGUUUUGUGUUAAAUGGCGUUUCAUUUAAUCUCACUAGUGAAGAUUAUAUUAACAAGGUUGUAGUAAACGAUACGAUCAAGUGUGUGAGUGCUUUUGAGGGUCUAGAUGUCGAUGAAGUGAUAUCGGAUAAGUGGGUUUUAGGAAAUGUAUUUAUACGGCGAUAUUAUAUCGAGUUCGAUAUGAAGAAGAACCGGGUUGGAUUUGCUCCUGGGAAGUAA